AUGGUGCCAGAUGUGGUGAGGAUUAGGAGCAUCAUCCAAGGAGACAAGGACACUGUUCAGAUCCUACUGGAUAGUUACAACUGCCAGUAUGCAGAGUCCUUCUUUUUCAACACUGAAGUGCAGGAGAGAAAAAAGUGCUAACUCUCCCUCUUGGUUGAUCAGUUCAGGAAUAACCAAGUGAGGGACUAUGCUCCUGACUCAGAGUCUGACAUUGACUCAGAUGACGAUGAACCUGAUCUCCUUCUCCGGCAGCGUCUGGCAACAACCCUGCUGUGCUUUAUCAGUAGUCAGCUACAGCAAGCAGUUUUACAGGUUUGCCUGCAAACACUGCGUAUCUUGUCCUGUGACCAGUGGGCCCUGGGACCCAUGGUCGCUGAUAGCGCUCUUUUCACCUUGGCACACCAGGGAGGCAUCAGCUUACAGGAAGCAUGCCCACACCAGGAGAAGGAAAAAGCUGAAGAUGAGGCCGCCAGAACACACAGCCAGAUCCACAGAGGAGCAGCAAGUGGCUGUGAGGAGGCUAUAGAAGCUGAUGAUACAUCAUUAUCUGUUAGCUGUGUGGUAACAUUUUCUGCUCCUUUGGAAGAAGCUGGUGCUGCCAGCACAAAUCGCUCAGUUCAUCACUGCUAUAAGUGUAGAGAUGAUGGACGUCAUGUGGUGCUUGCCCGUGGGAAGAAAGACACCUGGGAAGAGAGCAGUAAAGAGAAAGAAAAGGAGGAGGAUGAAGAGGUGUGUAAGAAGGAGGUCAUGAAAGUCUUGUGUAAUGUCAUCUACAACGGCCCCAGGGCACAGGAGAGGGCCAGAGCACUAAGACUUCUGCAAGGUCUGUGGGAGAGUCUGAAGCAGGGCAUCUGGAGCAGGGUGCCAUCCAGUGGCCAGUUUUACAAGCUGAGACUGCUCUUCUUGGUGACAGCCCUGAGGCCCAAGCUCAGGCUGCAGCUACAGCAGUAGUGUGGAGUGUCGAUGCUCACUACUGUCCUUGAGCAAUGCCUGGCUGUUAGGUGGGGCGAGGGGUAUGAGGUGCUUAGUGACAGCACAGUUCCACCUUUCUCCAAGGAGAUGUCCCAGGAUAUCAACAAGAUACUCAAGACACUCUUCACCAUCACUCACAUGUACCACAGGCAGGAGCCAGAUGUGGAGGACGCUGCUCUGUAUCGCCACCUAGCACCUGUGCUGUGCCACUCCCAGCUGCUGUCCUGUGAUGGAGAAAACUGCUAUCAGGGAAUGAACCCAAACAUAGUGCUAAAGUACUAUCUUCAGCGACGAGAAGAACAAAGAGUCCUGCAAAAGAUGGUCUGGCCCACGCAGAGUCCUGAUCUCAGCCUCAUGGAGUCAGUCUUGGAUUACAUGAAGAGACAGAAGACACUGAGACAGCCUAAAUCCACAGAAGAACUGUGGCAAGUUCUACAAGAUGCUUGGAACAAACUACAUGCCAAGUACCUGAAAAACUUUGUGCAGGUGCACCGAGGAGAACUGGCUCUGAUGAGGAGGAGAAUCUCGUCACGCCGGGCAGAGGGUGCAGGGAGGCAUAGACCCUACAGCAAGUGUCCAUCCUGCAGGAAUGACCAGUUUGCUGUUACCAAGUCAAAAGUCUUCCAGAGCCUGAAACCCUCUGCUAUCGACCUUCCUCAGGUGCAGAAUUCAAUCCCGAAGCACCAGCGCUCUGUUACUACUGCCAGCCUUCCCCAGAAAAGGAAGCAGAGCUCCGUGCCCCGCACAGCCAUCCCUUCUGCUGUACCUGAAGGGAAGGUGGAUGUGGACCAGAGGCCUCCAUCCGCCAUUUCACCUGCUGACCUGCCAGAAAUACACAACCGCUCAGUGGAAGAGUACCAGAAAAUCUACCACGAAGUGGUAGAUGAUAUGCUGAGGUACAAGAAUGGCCGGAUUCGUCCCUACAGUUUACAGCUCGGACGUCAAAUCAAACAGAAGCUGUGGGAGAGACUCAAUCGUCCCAUGUUUACGACGUCAGUCCAAGAAGAUGGUAUGGUGCGUGUGGACCCUCAGCCUCCAGCUGUGGACUCUGUCAAACAUCUACAGUAUAGACACGUCUCCACCAAAGACCUGUGUAAGAUAACUUCACUGCUUCCUUUGACAAGCGCCACCUUCAGCAUCCACCAGAAACCAGCAGCUCCAACCUCCACCUGCAGAAAAUCCUGCAAGCCCAAAACCAUCUACAGCCUCAGCCAGCAACUUCCUCUGCAAACUCCACAUGCAGAUUCUUGCAGAUCGCUCCAACCAAAUUCCUCCACCUACAGCCUAUUCCAGCCACCUGCAGUUUCCUCCUCCUGCAGAUUCUGGCAGACAGCUGAGGUUAUAGCCUCCACCUACAUCCUCUGCAAGAAACCUGCGGCCCUGACCUCCACCUGGAGAUUCUGCCUCUGUCAGCUAGCUGUAGCCUCCUCCACCUGCAGCUUCGGGCAAACAGCUGAGGCCCCUUUCUCCACCUCCCACCUCUACCAGAAAUCUGCAGUACCGCCUCCACCUGCAGAUUCAUAUUGGGAAACACGUAUACCCAAGCUUCAACCUCCAGCCUGUGCCAGCAACCUGCAGCUCCCUCCACCUGCAGAUUCUGGAAGACAGCUGAGCAACCUGCAGCUUCAUCUGCCUGCAGACUUUAGCGGACAGCUGAGUCCACACCCUCCACAUACAUCCUCUUCCAGCAAAAUCCACUGCGACCUCCACCUGCGCAGUCUGGCAGACAGCUAUGACCCAAGCCAACAUGUCCACUGUGGUCCCAGCCUUCACCUGGAACUUCUGUUAGCCAGCUACAUCCUCAGCCACCGCCUCCAGCCUCCAGCCUCCAGCCUCCAGCCUCCACCAACACUGCCGCUGACAUGUCUGGAUGUCCUGGUAUCUGUCUGUGUGGACCAGGCAUCCCACAAGUUGGAUGGAGUCAACAUGGACUGUGUCCGCACAUUGCUGCUGUUUAUGAACAGACACCGGAACAGGGCAACUAGCCUCUUUAUCAAAUACACGGGUUAUGGCAACGCGGCUGCGGCAGCCCGGGGACUGCUGAAUGGCAGGAGGAAUUCAGGCAACAGCCAGUUUUCCUCCCAGUACUCCAGUGACUCAGACUCAGACACGGAAGAGUACCGGGAGGCCAAAGCCAGGAUUAACUUGGUGACUGGAUGAGUGGAGGCAGAGCAGUCUGAUUCAAUGGAGGGUAUGACAGAGGAAGAGAAGGAGGAGGAGGCCUGUCGCUUCAUCAGCAUGAUCAACAGAGGCUUAUCCAGAGGCCUGAUCAUUCAGCCAAUGUGUGUGAAAGCAGAAGGGAGACUGGCUCCACUCUGGGGCCAGAUGAGGGGCACGACACUGAAAGAAGAAGAAGAUGAAGAGGAGGAACUGCAUCUGAUGCCAGAGGGGAGGAAAGACAAACAGAUGGAAUAG